AUUAAAAACCGUAGAAGAAGAAUUCGCUUCGGCGGAAAUGAAUUGGAAAAAACUUGCUCGUGCACGUUUUAAUUAAAUACACUUUAAUUUAAAACUAAUUUUUGCUGAAGCCUGCUAUUUAUUAUAAUAAUGUCGGGAAUACCUCCAGACACAUGGCAGCCGCCCACCGUGGGUUUGGAAACUACAAUGGGGACAUUUGUUUUGGAGCUGUACUGGAACCAUGCUCCAAAAACCUGCAAGAACUUUGCAGAACUCUGCAGACGAGGCUACUACAACAACACCAGGUUCCACCGGAUCAUUAAAGACUUCAUGGUGCAGGGGGGAGAUCCUACAGGGACAGGUCGAGGAGGCGCCUCCAUUUAUGGCAAACAGUUUGAAGAUGAGCUGCACCCAGAGCUGAAGUUCACAGGAGGUGGAAUUCUUGCCAUGGCCAAUGCUGGGCCCAACACCAAUGGCAGUCAGUUCUUCCUCACACUUGGACCCACCCAGUGGCUGGACGGAAAGCACAGUAUUUUUGGAAGAGUGUGUCAGGGCAUCGGAGUGCUGAACCGGAUUGGGAUGGUGGAAACAAACAGUCAAGAUCGUCCAGUGGAUGAUAUCAAAAUAAUCAGAGCCAUUGUACCUAAUUAGACAAAUGUUUACCUUCACUCAUUUUUUGUACUUGUCAUAUACUUUUUUUAAAUAAACACACRAUCAAUGUCUCAA